AUGGAUUUAUCGGAGAAGCGACGGCAACUGGAGGAGAUUCGUGAGGCGCGGAAGGCAAAGGAACGGAGUGUCCUUCAACAGCGUCAAAAUGUGGUUCCUCCCAAACGGGAGAGCAUUACCGGCAGUGAAGGUUUGGUAGUUGGUGGUUCGAUAUCCGGCAGUACAGGAUGUGCGCGUACUCGGUGCUCUGUUAGUGUUUCUAAGUGUCCGGGUGAUGGCGAUCGUGCCGUUGAUACAAAAGAGUGUAAGCCCGCUUGUGGGAAUUUGUCGUCCGCAUCAUUGUCUGCUUGUAGCAUUUCUAGGAGCGUGGCGGAAGAUGGUGUUGGCUGCAGCGCAGCGAGAAGGCAAAAAACUCUGACUACGAGCGCACCUUCUGUCAGCGCGAAAACUUUGUGCAGUGCUUCUCACAGCAGCGUUAAGAGUGUUGAAAAUACUGGUUCGGAUCCUGCUAAGGGUGGAUGCGGAGUCGGGAAAGCUUCUGUGACCUCUGUUGAUAGAGAUAUAGUUGGUAGUGUUUUCACUUCUUUCGGAGGAAGUAAAUCGCCAUGUGUCGGUUCUGCGGGUGCUGCAUUUAUGACUCUAGAGCACUCAAUAUUUUUAGGAUCGGUUUGUGGCAGCGGGAGUCGCUGUGUACUGGAUGUGAGAGUGCUUAACUGUCCAUCUUCGGAGGAUGGUGAUGCGUGCUCUAAGGGCUUGUUGUUUGUUGCGGCGUCGCUGUCAGAAGCAUGCAACGUCGAAAAUUUAUCCGACAUGAUGAUGCAAGGAGCAACGGGAGGUUCGACCUUUAGAGGCUUUGAUUCUGUGGGACUCGUUCUACUCAUAUGUAUACAGCAGGGUACAGACGGUGGUGGUCCGGUAGUUGUACCGCUCUGUUUUAGUAGUGAGGUUCGUACUCUGACGUACACGAAACGGUGUCCCCACCUUUUGUUCGGUGGAGCUGCCAAUGGUUGCAUUGUUGCGUGGCGCAUUGACCAAGCACUACAACAAUGUGGACGUGCUGCCUCGCCACCGGUUCUUACCACAUUUGGGAAAUCAUCUUCACUGUCGUAUGGAUGUUUGCCCUCUUCUUCGGCUCUUUCUGCGUCCGCCCCCGUCUAUCCCUGUGUGCAGUCGUUUCCGUCGCCUCACUCCCAUCAAACACAGGUUCUUGCGAUGGCAGUGCAUGGAGAUCUUGGCUCUCACCACCUCUUUUCCAUCAGCGAACAUGGUCAAGUGUGUAUGUGGGAGCCUUCAAAGCUAUGCUUACCCUCUUCAACCCGUGAGAGUUUAGUGCAGGGAAUGGCACCUGGGUGUGUUGGAUCUUGUGCGGCUUUCGUCAGUACCACGGCGGAUGCAAUGAACAAAGUAUUCUUUGGGUGCCUCAACGGUCAUAUCUUAGAGGGGGGAGCAAAGGGACCAGGGGUUGUGGAUAUGCAACCCAUAUCUGGUUCCACUGUUGGUGUUGAUAAAUCAACCCACGAAAACCCCUCAUGUCGCGUACGGCAUCCCAAAGAAAAGUGUUAUGACACCCCUGCUCAUUGCGCUGCCGUUGUCGCGGUCGCACCGCACCCGUUUCACGGUGACCCUCAUGUAAGCGCUACUCUACUUAGUGCAGCCGCCGACGGGAGCUGCUAUCUUUGGCUAGGUUCACGCUGUGCUGCCAUCGAGGGACUCACGUCUCAGGUUAACUGCCUCCAAUGGUCGCCCACCCAUUCGGCGGUGUUUGCAGCUGGAGAAAGUAGCGGCCGCGUUGCUAUCUGGGAUCUGGGCAGAAGCAACUUUCCUGUUGCUAGCGUAUACCCUCAGACAGGGGCAAGACUGGGGUCUGGUGGUUCUUUUUCGUCUAAGCCCUCUACAACCACUUCUGCGAGGAAAUCUGGGACGUUUGUACGAAAUUAUGCACCAAUCUCGUCCUUGUCCUUCUCCGAGGAUGGAUCACGUGUGGUGUGUGGCUCCUCUGACGGGGAGGUGCAUGUGUUUCACUUGCAGGGUGAUCUGGUAAAGGAACAACGUGCGCAGUCGCGUGAGAGGGCAACUGAAGGGGGAGGCAACUCCUAUGCCAGCACUGCGGUAGACUGUGUUGCAGAGGAGUUGCCUCCGGCCUCGGUAUAG